CUCUUAAAGCAAACAUAAGAUAACAGAAUCAGAAGCGCUUUUAGACUUUUAGACUUCAUACCUAAGUUCAAACCGACUUAGAUCUCGCACACAAAAAUAGAACUCCUGAUUACAUACUUUUCACACCUUAACUCAGACUUUUGACUCCCAGUUUUCUCAUAAACUUAUAAUAUAAAUUCUUUUCAAAAUGAAAUACUUAUUGGCAUUGGGUUUUCUUUUUGUAUCAACGGUUCAGCUUUUUGGCAUGGAUAUCGACAGUGCUACAAGCGAGUGUUAUGACAAGUGGGGAGAACAAGUUUCCGAGCCUGCGUUAAAAAUGGACCUUGAUUGCGAGGCAGUGAAACAUCACGUUUCCACGUACGCCUACUCCAAGGGCUAUGACGCCUGCUUUGUGAAAGUGGGGGGAGUGUACACCAUCAACAUCACGUUCGACUACCCCUGUUCUGUCUCCAAAUCCACAAAGAAGAUAGUGGUCGAGUUCAGUGGGGAACUGCAAGUGAUGGACCCUGAAUCGGAACUGGAAAUGGAUAGAAUCACUUACCAAAAAGAAAGCUGGGAUACGGUUGAGUUCGAAAGAGAGAACGCAUUCGAAGUAGAAGAUGAUGAUGAGUAUGAUGAAGACGACGAAGAUGAUGAAGAUGAAGACAAUGACGAUGAAGACGACGAAGAAGAUGAAGAUGAAGAUGAAGACAAUGACGAUGAAGACGAAGACGACGAAGAAGAUGAAGAUGAAGAUGAAGACAAUGACGAUGAAGACGAAGACGAAGAUGAGGAUGACGAUGAAGAUGAAGAUGAGUUCGAAUGCGGAGAAACGUACACAGUGAGCUACACCAUGCAAGAGAUUGACACAAUGCCUCUGUUGCUGUCACCCUAUCCACCUGUCCUGGUAUACGUCGGGGUCCAAGGGAAGACGGAAGAAGGGGAAGUGGUGUUCUGUACAACAAUUGACCUCAGAGUUGAAGAUCCAGACAAUCUUGCUUAAAAUUGACUCGUUUUAACAAAGUUUAUGUUACUUUGUAACGUAAUUUACGCUUAACAUAUUA